CUCCCGCCCCCGGCUUCGCCUCCCGCUGCCGCCGCCGCCGCCGCCGAAGCCGCCGCCGCCGCCGCCGCUGCCUCCGCCGCUUCCUGCGGCCUGGGCUUCCCGCCGCCAGAAUGCCGCAUGCCUUCAAGCCCGGGGACUUGGUGUUCGCCAAGAUGAAGGGCUACCCGCACUGGCCGGCCCGGAUCGAUGAUAUCGCCGACGGUGCUGUGAAGCCCCCGCCCAACAAGUACCCCAUUUUCUUCUUUGGUACACACGAAACAGCCUUCCUGGGACCCAAGGACCUGUUUCCUUACGACAAAUGUAAAGAUAAGUACGGGAAACCCAACAAGAGGAAAGGCUUCAAUGAGGGACUGUGGGAGAUCCAGAACAAUCCCCACGCCAGCUACAGCGCUCCUCUGCCGGUGAGUUCCUCUGACAGCGAGGCCCCUGAAGCCGACCCGGCAGGCGGGAGCGAGGACGACGAGGUCCGGGGGGUCAUGGCCGUCACAGCCGUGACCGCCACAGCGGCCAGCGACAGGAUGGAGAGUGACUCAGACUCAGACAAAAGCAGUGACAACAGUGGCCUGAAGCGGAAGGCCGCAGCCCUGAAGAUGUCCGUGUCAAAACGAACUCGAAAGGCCUCCAGCGACCUGGAUCAAGCCAGUGUGUCCCCAUCAGAGGAGGAGAACUCAGAAAGCUCAUCUGAGUCAGAAAAGACCAGUGACCAGGACUUCACCCCCGAGAAGAAAGCUGUGGUCCGGGCGCCUCGGCGGGGCCCCCUUGCAGGACGGAAGAAAAAGAAGGCACCUUCAGCCUCCGAUUCCGACUCCAAACCAGAAUCCGACGGGGCCAAGGGUGAGCCAGUGGCUGUGGCCAGGUCAGUGCCCUCCUCCUCCUCCUCCUCCUCCUCCUCCUCCUCCUCCGACUCGGACGUGUCUGUAAAGAAACCGCCUCGGGGCAGGAAGCCAGCGGAAAAGCCUCCACCAAAGCCCCGCGGGCGGAAACCGAAGCCCGAGCGGCCCCCGACGAGCUCGAGCAGUGACAGUGACAGUGACGAGGUGGACCGCAUCAGCGAGUGGAAGCGCCGGGAUGAGGAGCGGCGGCGGGAGCUGGAGGCCAGGCGGCGGCGGGAGCAGGAGGAGGAGCUGCGGCGCCUCCGCGAGCAGGAGAAGGAGGAGAAGGAGCGGAGGCGCGAGCGCGAGCGCGGGGAGGCCCCACCUGGGGGCAGCGGGGGCAGCAGCGGGGAUGAGCUUGGGGACGAGGGCGAGCCCGUCCGGAAGCGUGGCCGCAAGGGCCGGGGCCGCGGGCCACAGUCCUCCUCCGACUCGGGGCCCGAGGCUGAGCUGCAGAGAGAGGCAAAGAAGGCAGCAAGACAGUCACAAAGCACAGAGCCCACGAGGAGACCCAGCCAGAAGGAGAAGAGAGGGCGCCCCGAGGAGAGGCCCCGAGCCAGGCCUGCGAAGGUGGAGCGAACCCGGAAGCGGUCAGAAGGGUUCCCGCCUGACCGGAAGGUGGAGAAGAAGAAAGAACCUUCCGUGGAGGAGAAGCUGCAGAAGCUGCACAGUGAGAUCAAGUUCGCCCUGAAAGUUGACAAUCCGGACGUGAAAAGGUGUCUGAAUGCGUUAGAGGAGCUAGGGACCCUGCAGGUGACCUCACAGAUCCUCCAGAAGAACACAGAUGUGGUGGCCACAUUGAAGAAGAUCCGCCGUUACAAGGCUAACAAGGAGGUGAUGGAGAAGGCCGCAGAGGUCUACACCCGGCUCAAGUCUCGGGUCCUGGGACCAAAGAUUGAGGCCAUCCAGAAGGCGACCAGAGCCGGGCUGGAGAAGGAGAGGGCCGAGGUGGAGAAGGCCGAGGAGGUGCUGGCCGGAGAGGAGGCUUCCACGGAGAGGGCGGAGGUCGAGGCGAGCGCUGAUCUCUCAGCCCCGGUGAACGGCGAGGCCCUGUCCCAGAAGGGGGAGAGCGCGGAAUACAAGGAGCAGGAGGGAGGACAGAACUCCGAGGAGGGGCCGGGCUGUGGCUCCUCCGAAGAGCCGUUACACAGCGACAGCGCACGGGAGGGCCCCGAGCUGGACGUGCCUGGGAAGGAACGGCAGGAGCGCGCGAGGGGGCGGAUGGACUCGGAGUCCCUGGAUGAGGAGGACAGCUGAGCCCUGGCGGCCAGGCCUACCCGUCGCACAUAGAUGCCCCAGGCCUGCCCCGGCCCCCGCCCACCACCCGCGGAGCAGAGACCUGUUGGGGAAGCACCGUGCUGUCCCUUUGUAUCUGUUCCCUGGGUUGUUUUUCUGCCUAACUUCUGUGAUUUCCAACCAACAUGAAAUGACUAUAAAGGGUUUUUUUAAUGAAA